AUGGCUCGCUUUUGGGUAUUGUAUGGCUUGCUGAGUCUUGAUCUCGGCUUUGCUCUAGCUCAGGAAGCCGACAUCCUGCACUACAUUGAUCCGCUCAUAGGCACAGGCUUCGGAGGUCAUGUCUUUGCUGGUGCUACUCUGCCUNUUCGGUAUGGCUCCUCAGUCAUUGCGGAUAUUUUGAUUUUGACUGACCUUCAAACAGGCAUGGCCAAAGCUGUUGCAGACGUCAAUGGUGAGAACCAGGGCGGCUAUGCGAGCGACUACAGCAAUAUCACAGGCUUCUCCCACAUGCAUGAUAGUGGAACUGGAGNNGGUAAAUCACCCUCGCUGGGCAACUUCCCCCUUNUUGCGCACCCCGGAUGUCACAAUGAUGAUCUGGAUGAAUGCCAAUUCACGUCUGCGGAUAGAGCCACUCCUCAGAUCAAUGGCUCUAUCGUUGCAGAACCAGGAUACUUCGCAAUCACUCUUGAGAACUCUGUCCGUGCCGAAAUGACCGUGACAAACCACACUGCACUAUAUCGCUUCACCUUCCCGAAAGGUACUCCAGAAAUGCCUCUGAGUCCACUGAUCUUGGCAGAUCUGAUUGAUCUGCCCAAGUCUAGAAGUAACGGAUCGAUCUCUGUGGAUCCACAAUCCGGAAGAAUAGUUGGUAAUGGAACCUUUAGCCCUAGCUUUGGCAUUGGAACAUAUGACCUUCACUUCUGUGCCGACUUUACUGGCUCAAGCAUUCGCGAUACUGGCGUUUUCAUGAACAACAGGGCUGGCUCUGAACCUAAAAACCUAAGCGUUGUCCCUGAUGGAGUAAACAAUUCCCCUGACAUACUUCCUGCCGGAGCUUGGGUGCGAUUCAAUGCGCCUGAGAACAACGCUACUCAAAUCUUGGCUCGUGUCGGAUUGAGCUUCAUAAGCACUGCCCAAGCAUGUUCGAAUGCUGAGAAAGAGAUUUCUGGCUUUGAUUUCGACGCCACUCACUCCGCCGCACGUCAGACCUGGAACGACAAAAUGAGCGUGAUAGAUGUCACACCUGGCAGUGUCAGCGAUGAGUUUCAGACCAUAUUCUGGAGCGGGCUGUACCGUGCUUCUAUCAGUCCACAAGACUACACCGGUGAGAACCCUUUGUGGGACAGUACAGAGCCAUACUAUGACUCUUACUACUGUAUCUGGGAUUCAUACCGCAGCAUACAUCCCCUGAUCACACUGUUCGAUCCGAACUCUCAGGCUCUAAUGAUCAGAAGCUUGUUGGACAUCUAUCGACACGAAGGCAAGCUUCCAGACUGCCGAAUGUCGUUAUGUAAAGGAUUCACUCAAGGUGGCUCUAAUGCUGAUGUUGUUCUGGCCGAUGCAUAUGUCAAGAACCUGACCCAAGGUAUUGACUGGGCUCUUGCGUACGAGGCUGUUGUCUCAGAUGCUGAAGACGAGCCAAAGAAUUGGGCUGUGGAAGGUCGCGGAGGCCUGGCCAGUUGGAAGUCGCUAGGAUACAUCCCUGCUGAUGAUUACGAUCCGUAUGGCGUUGGGCCUUUCACACGUAGCAUCUCUCGCACAGUCGAGUACGCGUACAACGACUUCUGCAUUGCAGAGAUGGCACGUGGUCUUGGGCACACCUCGGACCACGAGAAGUAUAUUUCGCGCUCGGAGAACUGGAAGAACCUCUAUAAAGAGGAUCAAAACUCCACUAUCAACGGCACACAAACUGGAUUCACUGGAUUCUUGCAGCCCAAAUUCUUGAAUGGCACUUGGGGCUUCCAAGACCCAAUUUUCUGCUCGCCUCUGCUCAACUUCACUUCAUGCUAUCUCAACCCUGAUGGCCAUGAAACGUAUGAAGGAUCUGCAUGGCUGUACACAACCUAUGUCCCUCAAGACAUGGCCUCUUUGAUCAACGCUCUCGACGGCCCAGAUUCGUUCGUCAAGCGUCUCGACUACCUCCAUGAGAGCGGCUUGCUAUACAUUGGCGAUGAGCAAGGCUUUNUACCGGUCUUCCAGUAUCACUACGCUGGCCGACCUGGCAAGAGCGCUGCACGGGCACACUCCUACAUCCCAUCUCAAUUCAACACAACUGUAAACGGCAUCCCUGGCAACGACGAUUCAGGCGCCAUGGGUUCUUUCAUCGUCUUAGCUAUGAUGGGUCUCUUCCCUGUUCCAGGUCAAAGUGUAUACCUUAUCACACCUCCAUUCUUCCCCGAAAUCAGUAUCACGAACCAGAUUUCUGGAAAUAUGGCUACCACCCGAAACGUCAACUUCGAUGCUGAGUACAAGAAUAUUUACAUUCAGAAUGCUACAUUGAACGGGAUGCCGUAUACGAAGAAUUGGAUUGGACACGAGUUCUUCGUUGAUGGAGGUGUGCUUGAGUUGACUCUUGGGCCUGUGGAGAGUGCUUGGGGUACGAGAUAUGAGGAUUUGCCUCCUAGCUUGUCUACUGGCUAG